AUGAAUUAUCUCAUCCUGAUGUCGCUUUUUGCCACGGUUACCGUCGGAAAGUCACCCCGGCUCAAAUUCGUUGUGCACGAGCCCUCCAGGUUCCACUUCAACAAGCCUGAGAACUACAUCAGCAUGUACCACCAGGAGGGGAGUGAUACGCUGUACGUGGGCGGCCAGGCGAUGAUCUAUGUGUUGACGUUCACAAACAGAGGGGUCCGCAACCUGCAGAUCCCAGCGGCUUCUGAUCAGACUGCGAUUGAUACCUGCAAGGCAAAGGCUGCACCACUGGAGCUGGAGUGUGAUAAUUUCAUCACCGUCAUUCAGAAAGUGAAUGAUACACUCGUAGUAUGCGGGACAAACGCUGGGAGCCCCAGGUGCUGGAUGCUGGUGAAUGACACCGUGCUGACUGACGUCCAAGGCAACGGGCAGAUAGCAUCGGCCUCUGACAUCUCACCACCCUAUCCUUCCCAGAAGUCCAUCAACCUGCCUGCAGGUAACAAAAUGCAAAGAGGAAAUCAAAGGGGCAAAACGGUGAUCUGUGCAUACUCCAUCGAAGAUAUUGACCAAGCUUUCUCUACAUCCAAACUGAAGGGCUACAGCAGUCCAUUCAUCGGCACUCGCCCUGGGAUGUGCGUCCCCAAAAACGCCACAGCAGCAGGAGGUCACACGGAGAUCAAGAACCUCGGGGUGAUCAGAUACCACCCAGAAAUAGAGGAUGUGAUUCGGCCUGUCGGUGUGGCUCCACUCGACCUGCCCACAGAUGACCAGAUCACUCACGCUGUGGCGGAUAUCGUGCUGGCGGUCAACGAUGAGCACUACAGCGUCCUCUACCUCGGGACAGAUCAAGGCAAGGUCCUCAAAGUUCUCCACAGCAGUGAGGGGGUCUUCGUGGUGUCUCAGUACUCUCUGUUCCACAAUGAGGGUCCUGUUCUAAACAUGGCCAUCGACUCUCCAAAGGGACACCUGUACGUCGGCACAGCCAUGGAGGUCCAGAGACUGCCGCUGGCUGACUGCGGCCGCUACGGCGACACGUGCAGAGAGUGCAUCCUGUCCAGGGAUCCAUACUGCGGCUGGGACAGGUCCAGGAGGAAGUGCAUCGCCAUCCCGCCUGGAUACAACGUCACGACUGGGGCGCUCAUUCAGAAUCUGGACCAUUCCAACUCCUCGGUUUGUGGGGAAGCUGCUGCCUUGAAACUGCGUCGCACCUCCCCAAGAGAACUGAUGGUACCUUCCAACACCACCGUCUUUCUCCCUUGCCCUGUGCGCUCCUUCCACGCCACCUACCGCUGGGAGAAAGACAACUGCAUUAACAACUACCCCUGCCUCUUCUCCGGGGACUUCUGCGUCCUGGGGCCGGUUGUCGACACGCCCCUGAAGGAAGGCGUUUUCCGCUGCAUGGCCACCGAGGACGGAUUCAAGGUGGAGGUUAUCUCCUUCAGGCUGGUGAACAAUGGCAGGCUCCUUGCUGCCUCCCUGGCCUCCACCUUUGGGCUGUCGCUCCUGCUCGCUGCGGCCACCCUGUGGCUUCAUUAACUGCAGCUAACGCUAAAUGCUAACCCCUCAUCCUUACUGGCUCCCUAUGACAGGAAAGGCGAGGAGCCGAUGUCAGGAGGUGAGGUUUGCAGAGCAUUCAAGUAGGUGGUUGGGUUGGAAGGUGAGAACUCGCCUUCUGCUCGAUUGAUUUUUAGAGAAACAGUCCUGAAAAUGAAAGUGAAAAAGGGAUCUGUAUUUUUACAUAAACCCACAUAUCUUAGUAAGAUCAGACGUGGAACAUAGUUUCAUCGCUAUACAGACUUAAGGGGAUACUGUUCAUGAAUUGACACAUCUUGAUUCAGCCAUACUUGGGUGCUUUGCGAACCUUUCCUCUCUGACUCAAAGAGAUAAACAUAUCGUA